GGCAGCUGCGGCGGCGGCAGCCGCCUCAGUUGCUAUGGACGCCGCGACUGGCGCUGCCGCCGCUGCUACUGCUGCUGGCGGCGGAGGAGGCGGGCUGGUGCGUUCCGCCGCGGAGAUGAAGGCGGCGAUGGACCCGCUGGUGCUGCUGCAGCGCUCCGGGGGACCGGUGGUGGCGCCGCUGGUGGAGACGUUCUCCUUCCUGGCCAUCGCCACCUCCUUCACUGGCUUUGUUCUGGCGACGGCGGACUUCCUGCCCGAUGCGUUCAAGCCAUUGGCGGCAGUGCCGCGAGCGGGCAGGUUCGCGCUCGUCGUGUUGCCGCCCAUCCUGCUGUCCACGGCCUCCCCGGGCAUGUUUUACGCGGCGCUGGACAUCGCGGGUACGUACGGCGUCAUGACGCUGUACGGCAUGAUGCCGGCCGCCAUGGCAUGGGCCAGCAGGUACGGAAAGUACGACAGUACGGCGGCGGAAACAGUGACAGUGACGAGCACUGCAGCAGCAGACGACUCGUUAACGGCGACGCCCGCCGUGGGCUGCAGCAGCAGUAGCAGCGUUGGGAGCGUAGGUAGCAUGCGGGGUGUUUGGGAUAACAGCGGCAGCAGCGGUGGCCGCAGCAGUGGCACGGAGGGUUGUGUGCGCACAGUGGAACUGGUCCCCGGUGGGCCGGCGAUGCUGCUGCUCACGGGGGUGGCUGCGGCGGGGGUUAUUGUGAGCCAGUGGGUGCAUUAGCGGGGCUGACUGCCUGACGGGUACGGUACAGCGAGGGCUGCUACCUGCCUAGCAACCCGCUAUGGCCAGAGGUUGCUUUUUGUGCGCGUUCCCUGCCCUGCACGGUGCUCGCGCUGUACACAUGUGCCGUGGGUGAUUGGUGAGGGGCGACGAGGAUAGGCGUUAAUGGGACGAACAGGCGACAAACAGACAGAUGCCGGCACCACCAAAUGCUGCAACCGCCGUUAUGAGCAUGCUUUUACGAGGAGCUGCAAGGGGGUGCAAGCCGUGACAACGUUACCCCAGCUGCAAAGUCCGCGAC